AUAAAAGAGCCGUGAUGUCUGAGGUGCUGAGUACAGUGGAUCUCUGAUUUCUCACUGCUAAUUCACUGCAUCACAUCGGGGAACUGAUUUAGAACUGUGACACCAGGUGGGUGCAAUCCAUCAUCAGAUAUAACAGAAAACCAGUAGCAGUCUGGCCCUUGUAGUGUAAGAUUUGAAUAACCCUGCUGUAAUUGCCUCCCUAGGCAGACGGGUUGCCUUCCACAUUAACAAUGUUCCCGUGCUGUUGUUGUAGUAGAGACAAAAGUGUUAUUUACAAAGCAGAGGUGUUCACUGGAGAAAUGCUGCACGCCGGCACCACGAACAGUAUCUAUAUACAUCUCCGUGGCACAAUGGAUUCAAGCCAUCGCAUCUGCCUCCCCAAAAGUAGAUUCAUUGGGGGCCACCGCCGAGGGGCUGUGAUUGAGCUUGAUGUGUUCUGUCCUUCCUCCCUGGGCCAUCUGGAGUUUGUGGUGCUGGAAUCAGAGCCGUACCUCCCAUUCUGCUUCCUCAACGAUGACUGGUUCUGCUCUAAAGUAGUGGUGACCACACCAGAGGGAGACACAGUCAACUUCCCCUGUUACCACUGGAUCUCAGGCAAUGAGCGGCUGAUGUUCAGAGAGGCCACUGGUAAACUGAUAUUCAAUGAGACCUGGCCAGAGGCCAUAGAAGAGAGAAAGAAGGAGCUGCAGAGUCGGCAAAAGGUGUACCGCUGGAGUAUAUAUGCCGAGGGUCUACCCCAAAUAAUGGAAUGUGACAGCGCUUCUGAUCUUCCUGCUGAGGUCCGCUUCUCUUUCACCAAGGACUUGGAGUUCAAGUUCACAGUAGUCGAAGCAUUGUUGUCACUCAAACUAGAAACCCACUCCACCAACAAGAAACAAUGGAAGAGCCUAGAUGAACUCAGUCAUGUUUUCAAUGGACACAAGACUGACGUCUAUGAAUAUGUCGAAAAGAACUGGAAGGAGGACACGUUUUUUGGGUACCAGCUUCUGAACGGCCUCAACCCCAUGAUGAUCCAUCACUGCUCCAAGCUUCCAGAGAACUUCCCCGUCACAGAAGACAUGGUGAAGGCUUCCCUUUUCGGAAAAAACCUUGAAGCAGAAAUUCAGAAAGGCAACAUCUUCCUGGUUGACUACAAGCGUCUACAUGGAGUGACAGCAAACGUGAUCCACGGGAAACAGCACUUCUUGGCUGCUCCUCUCUGCUUGCUCUAUGUGACCCCAGAAGAUAAGCUCAUUCCCAUCGCAAUCCAGCUGAAGCAGGAGCCUGGAGAAGACAACCCCAUCUUCCUUCCUACUGACUCUGAGUAUGACUGGCUCCUGGCCAAGAUCUUUGUGAGGAGCGCUGACUUCGCUGAACACGAGCUGAACUUUCACCUGCUGAGGACUCACCUGCUGGCUGAGGUGUUCGCCGUGUCGACACUGCGCAACCUACCAAUGGUGCAUCCCAUCUACAAGCUCCUGAUCUCUCACUUCCGCUACACUCUGCAGAUCAACACUCUAGCUAGACAGGCCCUCAUAUCAGAGAAUGGGCUGUUCACAGAGAAUGCCAGUGUCGGAGGUCCAGGGAUGGUGGAGUUCCUGAAGAAAGCUGUGGCCUCAUUGACCUACAGCUCCCUCUGUAUGCCGGAGGACAUCACAGCACGUGGUCUGGAGUCAAUCCCCAACUUCCUCUACAGGGAUGAUGGACUCAGGUUGUGGGACAUCGUUCACAGGUUUGUUCACAAUGUGAUUGGUCACUACUACACCUGUGACUCAGACGUCCAGAAGGACUGUGAACUGCAGAACUGGAUCAAGGAGAUCUUCUUCCAUGGGUUCCUGGCAGAAACCAGCACAGGAAUCCCUCAGUCUUUCAGUUCAGUGACAGAGCUGGUCAAGUUUCUCACCAUGGUGAUCUUCACAGUGUCUGUCCAACAUGCUGCAGUCAGCAAUGGACAGUUUGAUUUUGGGGGCUGGAUGCCCAACUUCCCAAACGCUCUGCAACAACCACCUCCCACCACUAAGGGGCAGUGUACUGAGAGCACCAUGCUGAAGACCUUCCCUGACAUCAAUACCACCGUUAAUGGCAUGGCAGCGCUGUACCUUCUGAGCAGGCAGUCCACUGACUAUGUCGCUCUUGGAAAUGGCUAUCAGGAUCACUUCAGUGAGAAGACCCCUCUGGAACUGAUUCACGAAACUCAAAAUGUGCUGAAGAAAUACAACUUUGAAAUCCAAGGCAGGAAUGUCUCUUUGCCCCUGUCAUAUACCUACCUGAAUCCCAACAAUGUGGAGAACAGUGUGGCCCUGUAAAAUGAGUCGGUCGUAUUUAUUAGGCACCAAAUGGAAACCUGUUUUAAAACAUGUAUCUUAUGGUGUGCCCUAAUCAUUAUGACCCAGGCACUUUACUCUAUUGCGGUUCAGUCCACUUUUUCUUUUUAAUAGCCACAUGCAGCCAAGAUGAGAAGUUAAAUGUUUCUACUUCUGUGUUGUUGUGAAUGCCACUAGCUGAUUCCUUUUUAUCUAAGUAUUUAGUUGGGUUCUUCACCCUUGUAUAACUGAAUGUUUGUACCUCAAGUCCCUUCCUGUUAUUGGCAAAAACCGAACCUUGCAUGCAAAACAGGAAUCUACUGUAUUUGCUUCCUGGACUCAGUAUGUGGCCUUCCAUUUUCCAGCUAACCAGCAGUAGGUGUGGUGUAUGGUUCCCAUAGAGACAGGUGACCUUAAGGUGAACUUAUUUCAGCUACCUUCCCCCCUCUAAAAAGGGAGCAUUGAGAGUAAACUACCAAAUGGACAACACCUACAGACAUCACUUCCCAUAGUGCCUUGCUGCUGAGAGAGAACUGCAUGUGACGUUCCUGAUUUAUUAGCAGUGUAGCUUGAACCCACUCAAUGGUGUGAGAGCCAAAAGGAAACUCCUGUCCAUACAGCCAAGAUACAAUUAGAAUCUCUAACUCUGCUUUGUAACUCUAUUUGCUGGCUGAUCAACAGCUUGUUAAUUUUCAUCCUUGUCUCUUUCAGUGUUCAUUGUCCAUGUUGCCCAAGCCGUUUUGUUAAACUGGUUAACCUUUACACACCGGUGCCUUAUACUGUGUAGCACACAAGGAUAUAAAAGGUGAAGAUGGUGAAACGUGUACAUCUCCACCAGACUUUCAGUAGUCAGUCAUUAUUCUUCAUGUUACACUAUGAUUCAGCUAUUGAAAUAACUUGUAAUGUGAAUGAUUAUCCUCCCAUGAACAGGGUCAUGGCUUUGGAUAUUGAAUAGGGGACCAUUUUUCAACAAGCCUUUACUAGGCGAUACCUAAUUCUCAACUUGGAAGGCACUAGUGUCUUCUACACUUCCAUGGUUAAGACAGAUGGGUGUCCACCCCACAGACGGUCCACCCUAAAGUGCUACAUGUCAUGAGCCUGACUCAGAAAUCAAGAGUCGCUUUGAAUGACACCCACCUGUCUUGAUCAAUGACAGGAGAUCAGACCUCGAAAAGAUGGCGGCAAAUACACUGAACAAAAAUGUUAAUGCAAAAUGUAAAGUGAUGAUCCUAUGUUUCAUAAAAUGAAAUAAAAGAUCCCAGAAAUGUUCCAUUUGAACAAAA